CUCAACUCCCUUCAGCUUCAACGAUGCGCGGAACGUCGAUUCUUAGGUCAGGACGGUCGGCAUGGAAAGGACCUUACUUCGUCGCGUUUCCUAACCUACGGGACGCGCUGCAGAACAACACGGAGAUCAAGACGGACGCGCGGGCGUGCACUAUUCUUCCCAACUUUGUCGGGAUACGCUUCCUCGUGCACAAUGGGAAACAGCACCAGCCGGUGACGGUGACGCAGGACAUGGUGGGGCACAAGCUGGGGGAGUUUGCGCAUACGAAGAAGCCGUUCAAGUACAAGCAGACAAAGAACCGGUAGUCUUGUGCUACAUAUUAUAGACGUGUCCUACCUCUCCCUAUCCCAUGCUAAUCCU